ACACUAGUGACAGCCAGUGACGGGUGAAAAAAAAAAUAAAGAAAAUUCAUCCCUAUUUCACAUCAAAAACUCAGUAAACUUUCAACAAAAUGAUAUAAAAUAAAGCGACAUUUUCCAACAGUAUUCACAAACCUUCAUCAUUCUUGUUCACCAAAUUGUUGGUUAUGAUAUCAUCAUAAAGGGUCAUGAUGAAUACAAACGUUAAUCAAGUACCAGAGACUUCUGAUGGGUCAGAGCAAAAAUACAAUACUGUGCCAGUACAAACUAAGGAUUCCUCGAGAUAUUGUUGGGUGUGUUUUGCAACAGAUGAGGAAGAUAGAGAAGCAGCUUGGGUACAGCCUUGCAACUGCAGAGGCACUACAAAAUGGGUUCAUCAGAGCUGUUUGCAAAGAUGGGUGGAUGAAAAACAAAAAGGAAGUAACAUAGGGAAAGUUACAUGUCCUCAGUGUCAGACAGAGUACAUCAUAGUGUUUCCAAACAUGGGUGUUCUGGUGCUUGUUUUGGACACAAUGGACAGCUUCAUUUACAAGGGAUGUCCAUUCCUAGCUGCUGGAAUUGUUGUAGGAGCCAUCUACUGGUGUGCUGUGACAUAUGGAGCAAUCACUGUUAUGCAGGUUAUUGGGCAGAAAGAAGGUCUUAUGAUAAUGGAGCAAUCAGACCCUUUGGUUCUACUCAUAGGCCUUCCUGCUAUACCAGUAGCAUUAGUUUUAGGCAAAAUGAUUCGCUGGGAAGAUGCUCUGCUGAAUUUCAUGAGGAAAAAUUUCUCAAAAAUUCCUGGCCUGAGAAAUAUGCUGCCUUACAGUGUCCAUUCUUGUAGGGCUGAUGUUGGUACUACUACUGAAUCAUCAAGUGAGAAUGAUUUGCCACCUCUAGCUAAUCCUGUAUCUGCUACAAGGGUACUGUGUGGGGCACUUCUGAUGCCCACCAUUGCCAACAUGUUUGGCAAAUUUUUUUAUGACUCUGUGAAAUCAAACUUUCACAAAACAGUCUUGGGGGGAUUGACUUUCAUUGCAAUCAAGGGAUGUUUGAGGAUUUACCACAAACAACAGCAGUACAUAAGGCAGUGCCAGAGAAAAAUUCUUGACUAUACAGAAUCUAAUAUUUCUACUUAUCUACAUAAUAGGCAAAAUUGAUUUAUUUUCUCAUUGGAAUAUAUUACUGAAUAAAGCAUAACUAAAGAUUAUCUUCUGAAAAUUGUGCAUGUACAGUUUUGUACAGCUAUUAGAUUGAUAUUGUUAAUGGUAGUUAUUAAAAUUAUUCCCAAUUUUGUUAUUUUAUUUUUUCAAUAAAAUUUUUGGACAUGUAAAGUAUGAUUUAUUGAAUUUUCAUUCAUAAGUUGAUAACAAAGGAACAAGAUGAAAAUUUGCACUGAAAAAAUGUACCUACUACCAAUAUAUUUUUAUUCAACAAAGUGAAUUGAGAUUCCAACAAGCUGUGGAUGUUUCAAAUCAAUGAUAUUUCAAGAUGGAGCUCACUGAAUAUGAAAUAGUUAUUUUCCGUCGACCUUGUAUUAACGACUAAGUUUAAUGUAUAUGAAAUCGUUCAUUAAUGACCCCUAUUAAUGAACGAUUUGUCUGUUUGCAC